AAUGCUCUUCCUUCUCUCCGUUGAUUCGAAAUCUUCUUGAAUCCGGGUCUUCCUUUCUGGUCACGAUCUUAUACAUCCAGGGUUGUUGCAAAAGGAGGCUUGAAGAAAAUGUCUUGGCUAACCUUGAAGCUUCCACCUUAGUUUCUUCUUUGGAAGUCAUGUUGAUUCAGAUGGUUCAACAAACAAUAGACUCUAAAUUCAGUGAAUAUGGGAUGGGAAGUACUGAAAAUGACUCGCCUACUUGUGAUUUGCAACAUUCUGUUGCUGUAAAGAAGACAGCUUUGAGAGAUCUGCAGAAUGAUAAUAGAAUUAUGAUGCCCAACUCUACUGAAAACUCUCCACUUCUGAAGGAUAGAAAUCCAAUUAGUGAUGCCCUUGAAGUUUCUGGUGCCAAAAAGCCCUCACUUGAGUGCCCUGAAAGCCCCCCUCAAUACCAAUCUCCAAGCAGCAAUGCUGCAAAUGGGCAUCUUGUCUAUGUCCGUAGAAAAUCUGAAGCAGAACUAGGCAAGAGCAGCACUGGUGAUAGCACGAGCAUUAAUGCCGAAUGCCUGCAGUCAAGGAAACUCAAUCACCAGGAGGAGACCACUCGACCUAAAUCCCAGAUGGAGCCAAAGGUCUCUUGUUUUCCGGCAUUUGCUCCUCUUCCAAUGGUGGCAUCCAUGAGCUCAUCUGGAAAACCUUCAGUUCCUCAUAAUCUUGGGAAGCCUAGUAUGAUGUUAGCACCAGUAGAGCCCAAUAACCAUCCUGUUGCUUCUGCUGCCCCGUUCUUAAGUAAUCCAAAGGGAUCAUGGGAAGAACGAUACCAUCAACUGCAGAUGUUCUUAAGAAAAUUGGACGAAGCUGAUCAAGAGGAUUAUCUCCAGACGCUUCGCACGUUCUCUCCAGUUGAACUCAGCAGAUAUGCUGUUGAGGUGGAAAAGAGAUCGAUUCAGCUUUCGCUGGAGGAAGCAAAAGAGUUGCAGCGGGUAACUGCUUUGAAUGUCCUGGGAAAAUGUAUAAUGGAUUUUAAAGCACCCUCAACUCAUCAAGACCGUUUAGAGAAGUGAGAGGACAGGGUGAACACUAUAUGUGUAUUGGGCAAAGAUAGUUUGCAGACAACCCGUGCUUAACUCUCUUUUCCCCCCCUUUUCUCAGGCUUCUCUGCUGUGCUCAUCCUCCCACUUUGGUUGGUACUCACUGUAAUAUUGUGAUUGCCACUGUAAUUUUCCAUGUCUAGUAGUGAGAUGCUAUGGACAAUAUGAAAUUGUUACUGCGUUAGGUUGAGAGAAAGGAUAUAGAAAAACGAGUGUUUAACUGUGAUGCAUUGCUUCUGUUUCCACUGGGGGCCGUAUCUCUGUAUAUAAAUGCAAGUUAAGAGUAA